GCUGUCACGUGCGGGGGGCGGAGCCGGCCCUGCGGCUCUGAGAGAGGCGGUGUCGGCGCUCGCGCUCGCAGCUGACGGGACGCCGCGGGAGUCGGGGCCGGGGUCUGGGAGGAGAAGGCUGCUGGGGCCCCCGUGCCUGGCGCCAAUGAGCGGGCCGGAGCCGGGGCCCGGGCCCGGGGCCGUGUGGGAGCGGCCGUGGUCCUUGGAGGAGAUCCGCAAGAACAGCCAGAGCUGGUCCCUGGCUGCGGACGCGGGCCUUUUACAGUUUCUUCAGGAGUUCUCACAGCAGACCAUCUCUAGGACACAUGAAAUCAAGAAACAAGUGGAUGGACUGAUUCAUGAAACAAAAGCUACAGACUGUCGCCUUCAUAAUGUCUUCAAUGACUUCCUCAUGCUGUCUAAUACCCAGUUCAUUGAGAAUCGUGUAUAUGAUGAAGAAGUGGAGGAGCCAAUUCCCAAGGCUGAAGCUGAGAAAACAGAACAGGAGAAAACCCGGGAACAAAAAGAGGCGGAUCUGAUUCCCAAAGUCCAGGAAGCUGUCAACUAUGGGUUACUGGUAUUGGACAGUGCAUUUGAACAACUUGAUAUAAAGGCUGGCAAUUCAGAUUCUGAAGAAGAAGAAGCAAAUGAAAGAGUAGAACUGAUCCUUGAGCCAAAGGAUCUCUAUAUAGAUCGCCCUUUGCCUUACUUGAUUGGUUCCCAGUUGUUCAUGGAGCAAGAAGAUGUAGGUCUUGGAGAUCUUUCAAGUGAAGAAGGCUCUUUAAACAGUGAACCAGAUAGUGUCUUGGAUAGUGAAGAAGAUAAAGAUGAAGAGGAGUCAGAUGAUGACUUUGGCAAUCAGAGUGAAAAUGACCAAAAGCCGCACAUAGCACUGAUAAGUGAUGAAGAAGAGGAGGAGGAUGGUUGUGAUCUCUUCGGUGAUUCUGAAAAGGAAGAGGAAGAAGGAGACGAGGUCGUUGGAGAAAAUAUUAGACCUAAAAGAAAUCGACCUACUUCAUUUGCUGAUGAGCUGGCAGCAAGAAUCAAAGGAGAUGGGACAAGCCGAACAUAUGAGGGGCAGACAAUCACAGCCUCAGGGGAUGCAAAAACCAAGAGAACAACGAAGGAGAAGAAGGAUAUCAGGAAAGUUCCUUCCGAUGAUGAAGAGGAUGACAUGUUCAAACCGCCUAAAUUGACAGAUGAAGACUUCUCACCAUUUGGCUCUAGAGGAGGCCUUUUUAGUGGAGGAAUGGGACUCUUUGAUGAUGAUGAUGAGAGUGACCUCUUUUCAGAAGCCCCUAAAGACAAUGAAAAUCAAAUCCCAGCUAAAGAAGAGACUUCAUCAGCCAAACCUGGAAAAAAGAUACCAGCAGGAGCUGUGUCUUUGUUCUUAGGCGAUGCCGAUGUGUUCAGUGUUCCUUCAGCUCAGUCACCAAAGGAGCCCCAGCGGCCUCCACAGUCCUCACAAGGGAAAACUCCACUAAGCCCUGCCCCGGCUGGCCUCUUUGAUAAUGAUGACGAUGACUUCUUUGUGACAUCUAGCAGCAAACCCGGACUUGCAGUCAAGUCAACUGUUGAUCUGUUUGAUGAGGAGGAGGAGGAAGAGGAAGAUCUCUUCAAAAAGAAAGCAGUCACUCCUUCCAGUGAUUCUCUCAGUCCUGAAACCAAGGAGGCAGUUGAGAAGGUUACGCCGUCUUCCAGCAAAAAUCUCAAGGCUUUGUCAGAAGACGUUUCCAAGAAACAAAAAGGUUUAUUCUCAGAUGAGGAGGACUCAGAGGACUUGUUUUCUUCUGCUUCGAAUGUGAAUAAGACAAAAGCUGUAACCUCCCAUUCCAGCAAGCUCACUACAAAGAAAUCACUUUCUCUUUUCGAUGAUGAUGAUGAUGAUGAAGAGGAAAAUCUUUUUGGGGAAACACCUGCUAAGAAACAAUCUUCAUCAUCUCUGCCUAAGCAAACUCAAGAGAAGCCUAAAUCUUCUGAAGCACACAAAAAACCAUCUACCUUACUGUUUAGCAGUGAUGAGGAGGACCAGUGGAGCAUGGGUGAUUCACAGACCAGUAGGAUACCUGAUAAUAAUAUAAAGGAACUUAAGAAGCCUGGAAUAAAGCAGGAUCACAUAGAGAAGGGUGUGAAAAAGAUAAGUCUAUUUGAGGAAGAUGAUGAAGAGGAUUUAUUUGCUAUUGCUAAAGACAGUCAGAAAAAGGCUCCUAAAGCUUCACUCCUUUUUGAAGAAGAUGCUGAUAGUGGCGGGUCUCUAUUUGGGUCUCCUCCUCCAUCUGCUCCUCCUGCAAAAAUGGAAAAAGAGAAAAUCCCUCAGGCAGUGCCCUCAUUAUUUAGUGAUGAAGAAGAAGAAGAAGCUCCUUUUGGAACUGAGAAACCAACAGACAAUCAGACUGAGUCUUUUCUGUCUAAGAGUACCGUUGUACCCAAGCAGGAAGAAAAACCUUCCAGUCCUAGUACCCAUUUCAAGACUACCACUGGUGUUUUUCAGGAUGAAGAACUCCUCUUCAACCAUAAGCUCCAACAGGACAAUGAUCCUGAUGUUGACCUCUUUACCAGGUCAUCAGAAAAGCGGGCUGGUCCCCCACCCAAAGAGGCCCUUUUUGGGGAUGAUGAAGAUGAUGAUUUCUUCACUUCUGCUCAGCCACAACUCCCGAAGGUAGCCCCAAAGAAAACAAUAGUGAAAAAAGAUAAUUCUCUUGAAAGCCAUAAAUUCCCUGAAUCGUCUCCAACUAUCAAACAGGAAACAGAUGUGCCAAAAUUGGAAACAACCCAGUGUCAUUUCAUACAGGACUCUGCAGGCCUCCCUCCAUGUAAAACCAAAGAGCCUUCCUCUCGGAUCGGGAAACUACAAGCAGAUUUAGCUAUUAAUCCAGCAGCCUUGCUGCCCGGGGCAGCUCCCAAAAUCUCUGGGGUGAAGGCUGCUGUGCCAGGGUUUGCCUUUACUGCGUCUGAGCCUGAUGGAGUCAAGGGCAUGGAGUCGGCUUCUGCUGGUGAGACAGGUGUGAGUUUUGAGGACCCAGCCCAAGCAGAUACCUUAUACAGUGUAAACAAGAGCCGAAUCACAAUGAAAGGAAAACGAAGGCCCCAAACUCGGGCUGCCCGGAGGCUGGCUGCCCAAGAAUCCAGUGAGGCUGAGGAUAGAAGUGAUGCUGAAGGGUCUCAGUUGGGUAGAGAGCAUGUUAUCUCCCCACCCAUCCAAGAGCAGCCAUCCAGAGAAGUAGACAAGAACAAGAACUUGGAACAAGCUUUUGCAGCAGCUCCUUCCCCCUUUUUGGAAGUUACCCUAGUACCUGGAGGAGAGAGAAGUCCUAUAGCUAAAUCUGUGAACCUGACUACUGAGGAUAGCCUUUUUGAUUCUGGUGACAUCUUUGCAAAGGUUUCUGGGUCAAAGUCAAUAACAAAGAAAGCAAAAGAUAAGGAGAAGGCUUCUGAGGACCUGGCCAACCAGCCCAUAAUCAGAGAAGAAAAGCAAUCUUUGUUUCCUGUCCUGGAUGACCCAGAGAUUGAGGAGGAUCUUUUUCAGUCUGUGAAGCAGAAACCAUUGAAGAAAAAAAAUACUGUUCCUCUCCUAGAAGAAGAAGAUGAUCUCUUCACAAACCAGAAAGCCAAGAACAAAACUUCAGAACCUCUCUGGCAGCAAGAUGUUGUCUCAAAAAAACAAGACAUUUUUGAGGAUGACAUAUUUGCUACAGAAGCAAUUAAGCCAAGACUUAAAACAAAAGAGAAGGAAAAGGCUUUGGAAUCCAACCUUUUUGACGAUAACAUUGACAUCUUUGCUGACCUAACUGUAAAGCCCAAAGAGAAGAAAUCAAAAAAGAAAGUGGAGCCGAAGUCAAUAUUCGAUGAUGAGAUGGAUGAUAUUUUCUCAUCUAGUGGCUUGACCAAGAUGCCCAAGCCAAAAAGCCAGUCCACUCAGUCAACACCUGAAACAAGAUUAGAAAACAAGGUGUCCAGUACAUUUGAUGACCCUCUGAAUGCUCUGGGAGGCCAGUAGAGGACAUAUACAUGCCUAAGACCAUGGCAGGAGGGGGGAUUUCAUCGUUGUUGGAUUUCUUCUUGCUUUAUCAUACCUUUAUAUUCUAACAGCUGUAUCAAGAAAAGCAGAUCCUGGAAAAGGUUGUUCUCUUGUUCAAUGUAAACAGUAUUAUUUUUGCACUGGUUUUAAUCAUGCUUAAUUAAUAUUAAGGAAAAAAAUAGAUAUUCUAAAAUACUUUGUUUAUGUGCAGUUCAACUUUAAUUAGGCUGUACAAUACAUGCAAUGAUGUACUCUAUUAUAUGGAACAUUGUUUCUUUUACUGAACAGAGACAAAAAUUACUGAUAGAGUUAAAAUGAUGAAAUAUAAAUUGUUAAAUACUA